GAAUACUGUUACCUAGGAGUCAAACUAAAUCACAAUGGUAAUUUUACUCUAGCUCUAAAACAACUAAGCGAAAAAGCCUUGCAUGCUCUAUACGGUAUAAGAAGACAGCUCAAUUUCAGCCAUCUCAAUCCCAAAUAUGCCAUUAAAAUAUUUGAUUCAAUUAUAACUCCUAUCCUACUAUACAACUCGGAAGUAUGGGGGACAUACGUGAAAAAUGAUUUCAACAAUUGGGAUAAAUCACCAAUUGAGAAAGUUCAUCUUAAGUUCUGUAAAAUUUACCUCGCUAUCAGUAGGAAAGCAAGUAACAUUGCCUCCAGAGCUGAGCUUGGAAAACUCCCUCUCAUCAUUAACGUAUUCAAAAGGGUCUUCAAAUACAUCACUCACUUAAACUCGCUUCCCCAAACAACCAUUGCGAAGCAAGCUUUUCUAAUCUCGAAAGAUCUACACUCCAAGCAGAAAAUAUCUUUUUACGGAAAUGCAAUGGAUACUAUCAAAAAUUUAAAUCUAAAUGAAGAAAUCCUUAAUUUAGAAGCCGUAACGACUGAACAUAUUAAAACUAUUACCAAAACCCUUGAGGAAAAAUACUUAACAUUUUGGAAACAUAAACUUGAAAAUUCAUCCAAACUGACUUUCUACUCAACGUUCAAAACGGACCACAACCUCGAAAACUACCUAGUAUUUAUAAAAGAUCCAUACAAAAGAAGAUGUCUUUCAAGACUUAGAGUCAGCAACCAUGACCUCCAAAUUGAGAUCGGGCGCUAUCAAAAUAUACCCCGUGAAGAACGCUUAUGUAAAAUCUGCAAUUCAGGAGAGGUGGAAAAUGAAACCCAUCUCCUCCUCUCUUGCAAAGCCUAUGAGCAAUCUCGUGCAAACCUUCGAAGUUCAUUAGAGAAUGCUUCAUCUGACCAGAUUAAUCUAAACUCUCAAACUCUAUCAGCGGACCUAAUGAAAUCAACUGAUAGUGAAAUCAUUACCAAACUUUCAAAAUUUGUUUAUUCAUGUUUCAAGCAAAGACUUAAAUACCUUGAAACCAGGAAUGCGGAUUAG